AUGCACAAGGCGUCGUCGCUGUCGGAGCUGGGCUUCGACUCCGGCGGCGCGUCGUCGGGCUUCUUCCGGCCCGUGGCCGACGGCUGCCCGCCGGCCACCCCGACCUCCUCCGCCGCCCCGCACCGCCGCCUCACCAAGGUCUCCGUCAUCGGCGCCGGCAACGUGGGCAUGGCCAUCGCGCAGACCAUCCUCACCCAGAACCUGGCCGACGAGAUCGCGCUCGUCGACGCGCUCCCGGACAAGCUCCGCGGCGAGGCGCUCGACCUGCAGCACGCCGCCGCCUUCCUCCCGCGCGUCCGCAUCGUCUCCGGCACCGACGCCGCCGUCACCAGGAACUCCGACCUCGUCAUCGUCACGGCGGGGGCCAGGCAGAUCCCCGGCGAGACCAGGCUCAACCUGCUGCAGCGGAACGUCGCCCUCUACCGCAAGAUCGUGCCGCCCGUCGCCGAGCACUCCCCCGAGGCGCUGCUGCUCGUCGUCUCCAACCCCGUCGACGUGCUCACCUACGUCGCAUGGAGGCUCUCCGGCUUCCCCGCCAGCCGCGUCAUCGGCUCCGGCACCAACCUCGACUCCUCCCGCUUCAGGUUCCUCAUCGCCGAGCACCUCGAUGUCAACGCGCAGGACGUGCAGGUAAUACUUGCUUGUUGA